UGCCCAUCUUAUAAGUAAAACCAUCAUCCAAUAGCAGUUGGAAGCAAGUCAAGAAUCACUUUGUGCAAGUGUGUGAUAUACUGAUCCAACCUUUACUCUUGAAUACUCUGUUUCUAAUUUCGAUCACUCUGCUGAAGAUCAUGGCUUUUAGAUCAAUGAAUCAGUGGCAACGAUUGUUGAGUGGGUUAAGAGGGUAUGCAACCUCAACCUUACCGAAGAUGAAAGCGUAUGCCCCAACUGCUAAUUUCACCGAGCAACAGAGCAGUAAGAAGCCAAGGGGAGAUUUCGUGCCCGUGUAUGUAGCUGUUGGGAUGAUAGCACUUUCAGUGGGGCUGGGACUCCACACUGCCAAGCAACAGCUCUUCUACAACCCCCACGUCUUUGUGAAGAAGGAGCGGCGGGAGAUGCUGCCGGAGGUGGUGGAGCCCGACCGUGUGGUGGAGGACGCUGAUAAGUUUUUUAACAAAUCCUUUUUCAGGAAGGUGGCUCAUGUUCAGGAGUUUGACAAUCCCAUAACAUCUGAUCCUACUCAUGGAGAUAUUUAUGCUCAGCGGCCACGUGCUGUGACUCUUAAAGAGGCCGGAGUAGAUCCUAAAGUGGUCGCCGAGGGACUGGAUCCUCGAAUCCGUGCGAGACUUGGAGUAGAUCCGAAAAAGGUCGUGGAAGAAGAUACUAAAGCAGCAGCUGCCUAAUGGAAUUACAAGCUCAGUUUUGUUGUUUCUUUUUCACUUCUGUUUUAACAAUUUCUGAUCUUGUUCUUUUGGCUUGUAUGGUUCUCUAGUGACUACCCUUUUCAUUUUUGCACAAUGGAGGAAUAGGGGAAGUUGCUCCAUUUGUAUGAUAGUGGUGGUUUGGUUACAGCAACUCUUUUAAAUGUGUAUAUAACUUCCUAUAAAAUGAAGCAACGCUGUUUAAUA